CUGUAGCUCCCAACAUCUUCAUCCAAUGCCUAGAAUAGAGUCGAGAUGGAAUGGAAGUCAAGCGCAGCCAAUCAUGAAUGGCGUUGACUGAGAAUUCUUCUUUUACAAGUUUUGUGCGGUUUUUAAUGCACCGCCCUCUGCUUCAGUUGCUUGCAGUCUCUUGGUGAGAGCAAACUUAACAUCUUUCCAAGUUUACUUUCCGCUUAAAUAUUUGUUUUAUUUUGUUAUUACUUCCAUCACUGUGUGAUCUGCCUCUGCUUAAUUUGCUUCUUCAAAUAUUGCUCUACUUUGAACUUGAUUUAGAGUUUUGAUUUAUGUUAUGGAUCAAAAUUCCACUGGAUUCCCUGAUAUUCAUGAUUUUCAAUUCAAUGAUCCAUCGCUUGUGUCUCAUUUAAAUCAAUAUCCAACUACUGAAAAUGGAUCCAAGUUCGCCAUUGAUUCACCAGAUCUCAGCUUUUUGGAUAUCCCCUUUACUCCCCCUGACCCUGAUCCUAGUAUAAUCAUACCCUUGUCAACCUCCAGCCCAGAAAUAGACUCUCUUGUUGAUUCUAGGAGUUUGAGUCCAGAUGGAAGCUUAUUUGUUCCCUCAACCGGCUGGAGUCCUGAGGGACAAGCUUCCUCUCCUUCGGAUGAUAGUGAAUCUUCAGACCCGGUUCUCAAAUACAUAAGUCAGAUUCUUAUGGAAGAGAACCUGGAAGAUAAGCCAUCUAUGUUUUAUAACACUUUUGCUCUGCAAGCCACUGAGCAAUCAUUGUAUGAUGUACUUGGUGAGCAGCAGCCACACUAUCCUUCAUCCUUUAAUCAACCUCAACCUCAACCUCAACUCCAACUUCUUGUUGACCUCAAUACCGAUAGUUUAGCAAGUAACAGUACUUUUUCUAAUAGUAGCAAUGAUAUUUAUAGUUAUACUGGUGCCUUAACUAGCACCAGUAGUGGUACUAGUGAUUUCGUUGAUAGUCUAUUCGUUGAUGAUAUUGGAGAGUAUAAUCCCUCUCUGUCACAAAUCGCACCUUCUGCUGGUUACCGUUUCCAAUCCUAUUCAGAGCAGCCCAGUUUGCAGUUUCCCAGUGAGCAGUUUUCGGUCAAUCCACCAGAGACCAUGACUACUUUUGGCCACGGGUUGAUGACUUCUUCAGUGAAUGAGCUUCUUGCUCAGAAUAUGUUUAGUGACGCAGAGUCUAUACUGCUGUUUCAAAAGGGGUUGGAGGAAGCUAGUAAAUUCCUUCCAACUGGUAAUCAACUAAUCAUUGAUUCAGAAAGCUACAGUCUUCCUAAGGGGCAAAAGGACAAGAUUAACAAGGUGCUCAUCAAGGAGGAGAAGGAUGAGAGGGAAAACUCGCCUGCAGGAUCAAGGGGUAGGAAGAAUCACGAGCGUGAGGAUGCAGGCUUAGAAGAAGAGAGGAGAAAUAAGCAGUCGUCUGUUUUUGUGGAAGAGGCUGAAUUAUCUGACAUGUUUGACAAGGUGUUGUUGUAUUCUGGAGGUUCUAAAUGUGGGCCUACAGUGUGCACCAAUGAGGGUCAGGUUCAAGCUUUGCAUACCGGAUCAAGGAACAACUUGGAGCAAAAUGGACAAGCCAAUGGAUCUGAUGGUGGGAAAUCUCGUGCAAGGAAGGCAAAUAAGAAGGAUACAGUGGAUUUGAGGACUCUCUUGAUCCUCUGCGCUCAAGCUGUUGCCACCAAUGAUUGCAGGACUGCUAAUGAGCUACUGAAGCAGAUUAGGCAGCACUCUUCGAAAACUGGUGAUGGGUCUCAGAGGCUGGCCCAUUAUUUUGCAAAUGGCCUUGAAGCACGUUUGGCAGGCAGUGGAACAGGAAACAAAAAUUAUUUUCCUCGCUUUGCUCACAAGAGAACAGCUGCCUCCAUAUUGAAAGCUUAUAAAGUUUAUCUUAAUGCCAGUCCAUUUAAGAAGUUUGCUCUUUACUUUUCAAAUCAUAUGAUUCUGAAUGUAGCUGAAAAAGAAACAACUCUUCACAUUGUAGAUUUUGGUAUUUUAUACGGUUUUCAAUGGCCAAUGCUCAUUCAAUUUCUUGCAGAAAAAUUUGAUGGCCACCCUCCCAAACUACGCAUAACCGGGAUAGAGUUUCCCCAACCUGGUUUCAAACCAGCAGAAAGAAUAGAUGAGACCGGUUAUCGCUUGGCAAAGUAUUGUGAGCGCUUUAAUGUUCCAUUUGAGUACAAUGGCAUUGCAUCACAGUACUGGGAAACUAUCAAAUUUGAAGACCUCAAGAUUAAUUCAAAUGAGGUGGUUGCCGUGAAUUGUCUGUACCGUUUUAACCACCUGCUUGAUGAAACUGAUGAAGUUAAUUGUUCAAGGGAUUCUGUCUUGAACUUAAUCAGGAAGAUAAAUCCAGCUAUUUUUGUCAAUUCUAUUACUAAUGGGUUGUAUAAUGCUCCCUUCUUUGUCACACGAUUUCGGGAGGCAAUCUUCCACUACUCCUCAUUGUUUGAUAUGUUUGAUACUACUAUGGGCCAUGAAAGUCAAGAGAGAUUGUUAUUUGAGGAAGAGUUUUAUUCGCGAGAUGCAAUAAAUGCCAUAGCUUGUGAGGGGUUGGAGAGGACUGAGAGGCCUGAGUCGUACAAGCAGUGGCAUUCACGAACCAUGAGGGCUGGGUUCAAGCCAUUGCCAGUGUCCCAGGAGCUGAUGGAGAAAGUUAGGUAUAAGUUGAAGAAAUUCUACCACAAGGACUUUGUAGUUGAUGAAGAUGGCAAUUGGAUGCUCCAGGGAUGGAAGGGAAGGAUUCUCUAUGCUUCAUCCAGUUGGAUACCGGCAUAGAGUGAUCAGCGUAUUUCUUAGAAGGAUGGAUCGAGAACUAUGAGAAUACUCUCCCCAGGGCAGAAAGGCAAGGACAACUUUGAAAGUAAAUGAAGAAAAUUUAAAGUUGUCCUUCCUUCUUGCUGAAGAACCUUACCGGGUUGGUGUUACUGUGUGAUUAACAUAUGGUUAAAGGCUUGUUGACCAUUUAUGAUGUCAAGUAGUCUGAUCUUAAUGUUUUGUAUAAUACGAUUAUGGACAUUGAACCAUAUGAUAAGAGUGAGAGUUGGGAUGUUCACCAAUUCUUAUAUUGUGGAAGUUGCUGCCUUGUAGAAAAUAUUAUAUUAUCGUGUAAUGAAUGCCCUUUUUCUUCA